AUGGUGAAGAAGGAAUUAGGUAAGGAUCAUCAUCAGCCAACAGCUUCAGCAAGUAAAAGUAAAUACAAGGGAGUGAGAAUGAGAAGCUGGGGCUCAUGGGUUUCUGAAAUUAGACCCCCAAAUCAAAAGGCUAGAAUAUGGUUAGGUUCAUAUCCCACGGCGGAGGCCGCCGCCAGAGCCUACAACGCCGCCCUCUUGUGCCUCAAAGACUCCGCCGCCACUCUCAUGUCUCCAAAGUCCAUCAAAAGAGUCGCCGCGGAAGCCGCUGCCAAUGCUGCCUCCUUUGACGGAUAUGUUGAGAACAAGGUUGGAUCGAUCGAUGUCCCGUUAUCGCCACGGUCUUCUUCCUCCUCCUCCGUUCCAUCAACGUCGAAUAACGAUUCGAUUAUGACAAUGGAGCCGUUGUGGUUUAACUUUGAUGACAUAGUCACCCCGAAGUACAUUGAGCAUAUGAUGGAUGGGACUCUAUUUGAUCCACCCAUUGUUGAUGAAGAAAAUGAUAUUCGUUUAUGGAGCUUCUAUUGA